AUGGCGAUGAUGAUGACUGGCCGUGUGCUGCUGGUGUGUGCCCUCUGCGUGCUGUGGUGCGUCACUGUUUUUGGUGAUGCAAGGGACAACCGCUGCAUUGAGGGUGAUGGGAACGUCUUGACGCACACGCAUAAUGGAGGAAAUAACGGACUGCGCCUGAAGGCGGGUUGCGGGUUGAUUUCCACCCGAAUGGGAUUGAUAAAUGCGGUUGCAGCUGGAGACGGCAGUGAAGGUGGAACUAGUAAUGCCCCAUUGGACAGUGUGGGAGGAACAUCGCCUGGUGCAGGAGGAGGGAAUGGUGCCGCAGGUGCAGCAACACCAACCUCGCCGUCUGGGCCUGGAGUGUCAGGGGCAGGUGAUGAAGGCGGGCAGUUACCUUUGGCUGGUCAAGAGGAAAAUAAAAAAAAUAAAGUGGAUCCCAAUAGCAAUGCGGCAGCUGGGCCCCCAGACCAAACCAACGAUCAAUUGUCCUCUUCAUCUGGCAGCACUCCCACUCGUUCUGGUGAAAACCCCUCUUCGAUGGGUACUGAUGACCUUACUCCACUGUCCAAGGAUACAGAGACAGAAGGAGAUGCCGAUCGUCAGGAUAACCGUGAAAGUAACGAAGCGGUAGAGGAAGAGGAUGGGAACAAAGACAAGGAAAAAAAACAAGAAAAAAACACAUUACAACCCGAGACACAAGAGGGUCAAAAUAAUGGAGGAGGAACACCACCGCCACCAGUACCCGCACCACUGCCACCAACAACACCAUCGGGUGGACCUGCACCAUCAUCAACAGCAGAAACAGAAAACUUACAGAACGAAAACACACCGUCAGAAUUCGAGACGGACUCAGAAGCACCGGAACAGCCUUCAGGGGAUGCUACACAAGGGCAGCACAGUCAUGACACAGACACAGAGGAUCCGACGAAGAAUGCAGCAACCGGCAGUCCAGCUGAACCAACAACAUUCUCAUCUACCUCUACAAGUGGCAGCGGUGAUCAUGUCCAGAAUAAGGCAGAUAAGGAUGAUGCUCAAAGCUCUGAAGGACAACACGACAGCCUUGAAACUGGCAAUACCAACGUUGUUCCAACACUCAGUGAGACAGCACCACAAACAGCAAAAACAACCACCGCCGCUCAAAAAAAUGGUACGACGACACCUGCCGACAGUGACAGCAGCACCGCGGUCUCCCACACCACCUCCCCUCUUUUGCUUCUUCUUCUUCUUGUUGCGUGUGCGGCUGCUGCUGCGGUGGCCGCGUGA